GUGUUCUGUUGGAGGCCUCUCGGAAAUAUUUAUUUGGAUGGGUGACUCGUCUCGCCUGUGUGUUCCCCGCUAGGCUUAUAGUCAACUGAUCAAGAUCUGAAACUUGAAACCAGGAAUUCAUUCAACCAAAUCGCCAUUUUUUCAGACUUCCGCACUCCUUCUCAUAAACCAUAAGUACUCGUAGAAGGAUCCACUGUCUAUAAUAUUCACUGGUGACGAGUGUCCACAGACUCCGCUGGUACAAGAAGGGCGAGUCUGGCCAGCUGACCACCAACGACCACUACACCAUCCAGGAGAAAGGGGGUGUGGCGGGGGCGGAGCUUGUGUUCACGCCGGUCACGCCCACCUCGGCCGGCAUCUACUUCUGCCAAGUCAGCAACGCCACGGACCAUCUGGGCACCGUGGUGAAGGGACUGAACAUCGGAGGUCGUUUAUACGAAGAUUAUAUGGAUAAAUAUCGUACCUCGGUCAUCAUUGGAAUCAUCACCGGCGGGUCCGUCUUGUUCCUCGUCCUGGCCGUCUGCUUCAUCGACCACUUCCGGUUCCUCACACCCGAGCAGAAGCAGAAGAGACGAGACCGGAAGGAGGAGCGCCUGGCUAGACAAGCGCGCCUGCACAAUGGAGGUUUGGACAACAACGGGCUGGAUAUGAGCGAGGACGUGACGAGGGCCACUCACGAGGUCAACGGAGAGCAGAAACAAGCCAACACACAUUUGUAGAUAGCUGGCGGGGGCGGGGAAUCUCAACGGAUGUGUCGUUUUCUUUUUUUUUAAAGAUCUUAUGAAAACUCAAUCAUUUUUUAUUUCCUGCCUGCAUAGGCUGGCACUUACCUGACCAAAACUGAGUCGAUAGUGCCGUAAAACACCUACUCAAUCAAUCAUCCUGGCGUAGGAUGAGAGAUAGAUAAUAUUAUUAUUGGUGUUCAGACAAAAGUACAUAUCCUUCUAUCCUGUUCCCCCUUUCUCAUUACACCAAAACAUUCAACCCCCCCCCCCUUUCCUUUUCUCAUUAUAUGCCUUACUUACAACCUCUCUAUAUCGUCGGGUAGGUCUACACAAUGCAGAGAGCAUCUGACGUCAAGUUUGUCUGUCUCUGACCUUUCAGUUUAGUCACAUCCAGAUCCUGGGUAAUUGUCUAGUCUUUAAAGUUUGUCUACCUCUUCUUCUGUAUCAAUUUGGCCUCUGGCACCAUGUGUAAUAAGACAAUCUUUUCUCUAGCAUUCUCAAAGCAAUGUCUCAGAUAUCUCCUUCUCUGAUCAUUAGAUUCAAUCAUCCACGUUCCUGUUCCCUCAUGAUUUUUUUUUAAAUCAUAAAAAUCUUCCAAUGAAGUUCCUACCCAAUUUGGUAUAUUGUUAUACUUCAGAAAAGCAUUCCAUUAUACACAUUCAACUUCUUUUUUUAUCAUGAGAACCAUAUAUACUUCUCCCACUUUUAGUGUUUGUAUUACAUAUAUAUAUUUUAUGUGAUUAAUAUUUCUGUUGCGUAAGACAAUUACAUAUAAUUAUUACAUCUAUAUAUUUUAUGUGAUUAAUAUUUCUGUUGCGUAAGACAAUUACAUAUAACUUGUUUCAGCCGAUAUCGAUUUUAAUUAACCAGAUACUGUAUCUACCUUCUGUUCUAUUUAACGUGAACGGUGACGCUUGGUGCUAGGAAUGAGAUACGCUUAAGAAUUUGAGUCUUUUUGUUACAAAUGUUGACAUAUUAUUGUUGCUCUGCUUGCAAACUGUGGGAGAACGUGUGUGGCCAGUGUUAUGAUCCUUUUUUUUAAAAUGGUCAUAGGAUCAAUUUACUUGCUCUUCGCACGUCUGCGAUCAAAAUACAUUAUGUGUAACUAAAUGAUUAAAAACAAAACAAUUCGAAUAAAGAAAGGCGAAUAGGACGUGAUCUAUUCGCAAAAGCGAAUGAAUAAACUAAAAUCUUAAUUGCAUCUGGAAACAAAUCUACUUAUUUUUCUCACCCCCAUUCCCGAAAAACACCCUCUAACAUUUUCAUCGCAAAAUGUUUCAAUGACACGAUAAAACGUUGCUUACGGAUUUGUAGAUCUGUCCAAUGGUGUGGGAAAUUUGUGUUGAAAAGUUGUUUCCAUCUUGCAAAGUUUUAAACACAAAGAGAUAAUGUUUUUCAUUCUUUCGUGAUCUUUCAAUUUGGAGGGGCCACCGCACCUAUGUUAGCUCCUUUCUGGUUAUAAUAAGUGAAGGGUCCUAUUACAAAAUGCCAAUAAUGUGGACAUUUUCAGAAAACCAUGUCCACUAUGAUGAGAAUUGUAAUGAGAAUAUCAUUAUUAUUAUUAUUAUUCUCCAAAUGCCCUGUAUCUUUCCAUAUCGAAUGAUAAGUUUUUGUUUCGUCCAUACUUUAGCUUUCAGGGAAUCAUAAUUUUUUAAAUAUUCAAUUUAUUUUCAGGUUUUUUUUUCAGUUUUGUUUGUAAAGUGAGUGCGGUUUACUUCGGAGUCUUAGCAGAAACAGUUCAUUUUCCCAGGUUCCUUAUUUUGGAGCUGUUCUGUACUGUCUUGGCAUAAUAUUAUGUAAUAUAAUAAAGUCCCUGAAACAUUUAUUACAGU